AUUUGUAGGACGAAUAUGCAUUCGGUUGGAAUAUAUUCUGCUAUGGCUAUUAAGCGCCAGCGUAAAAGAAGAGAUGAACAGAAAAGAGCUCGAGAACGGAGGUAUAGCACUCAAAGCUCCGAGAGUGGCGAAACAUUCCAUUCACCCAGUGGGUCUGUGAGACGCAAAUAUCAUCACCAUCAUGCGGCCAAGCCUGGACCAGGAAUGCUUGACAGCCAGGUUGUCACCAGUAUUGGAAUGCUUCAUAUUGGUAUUGUGUUCAUUGUUUUUGGAGUUUUUCUUAUCGGGGCAGGAAUUAUUCCAGAUGAAACAAUGUCCUGGAAUGUGUUUAGCUCCAGCUCUGCGUGGUGGAAUAAGGUGACUUGCACAGGAUUAUUUUCCCUUGGACUUGGACUAUUUUUGUUAGUUUUGAAUUGCCUCAUAAGUAGAAAGGAAGAGGAGGAUCUCGAAGACUACGUACAACGGCAGCUUACUCGAUCACGUUCUGGUAAGACAUAGUUUUUAUACCCGAUACUCAA